ACGAAGCAAUAUGGGUGUCAUUGUGAAACUUGAUGUCCUGGUUCCGAUAUAUUCCAUUUUCUUAAUGAAGUCGUUGCCUUUACAAAAUUGAAAAAUCUAUGAAAAUUUUAGAAUUUGGAGGAGUCUCUUCUCAGGGUCCCGAGAGCUGUAUAUGGAACCACAGGACUAACAAAACUAUUGCCAAGGAAAUCAAAAGACCUACCAAGACACAUACUACAAAUAAAAUGUUUAGAAAUGCAACAGUAUUACUAAUAUUGGCGUCAUUUCUUUGUUUUCUUUAUGGAAUAAAAAAUCUAUUUUUGGAAGUUGAGGAAAAUGCUUGUCGCAUGACAUAUAUGUUUGGUGUUCCCCAAUUUUCUAAAGUAAAUAUUAAGGAUAAUUCAGAGUUCCCGCACUAUGGCCUGUUUUACUAUUACGAAGGAAGAAUACUUCAAGAUGUAAAUAGGAUGAAAUUGAAAGGCGCGCCCGUCAUUUUUGUUCCUGGAAAUGCAGGCUCUUACAAACAGGUUCGUUCAUUGGCUUCGGUAGCGUUGCGUAAAGGAAUGGAUAAUGAUCGCGGCAUACAUAUGGACUAUUUUACAGUAAAUUUUGAGGAACAGCUUUCGGCUUUAUACGGAGGAUAUUUAGAGAAUCAAAAACUUUUCUUGCGAAUUGCUAUUUUAGCAGUCAGAACAUUAUACAAAGAGGCGAACAAUGUGGACAAAUCUAUAAUACUUGUGGGUCAUUCGAUGGGUGGUAAAGUGGCUCAAGCUGUAAUACAAGACCCCGCAAUUGCCAAAUAUAUCAACACCAUAAUAUUCAUAUCAUCGCCAAUAGACAAGCCAGUUGUAAAUUUCGAUCCAAAAAUUAAUGAGUUUUAUUCGAAUACUGAUGGAUAUUUCCAUAACAAACGAACUACACAUCUGCCAAACCGACAAACAAAUGUAUGCUUAAAUUAUCAGGAUAAAAUACCGCACCAGGGAAAUGAGUCGAAAAUAUUAGAUAACAUUCUUAUGAUUUCUAUGGGCGGAGGCAAUCGCGAUCUGUUGGUACGUGAUGGUUUAACUACUUCUCAGUACAAUGAUAUUCACGCAAUGACUUCAUCGAUACCUAAAGUUUGGUUGAGCUGUGACCAUUUGUCUGCUGUAUGGUGUUUGCAAUUGGUAUUGGUGAUUAACCGCUUCAUUUUCGGGAUAUCUGUCAUUGAUGAAAACAAAAAUGUGUUCUUUUCUCCCGAUAAAUACUAUCGCACUCAAACAGCUAUAAAUUACUUUGUGAAACCCUUAAAUAAGCCUAAAUCUAAUGAAGUAUAUUUCCCCAAAUUAAAUUCUGGCUCAAGUUGGCAGGAAGAUUCUAAAAUUGCUUUUCGAAAAGUGUUUAAAAAUGGAUUACGUGCUGAUUAUAAUCACUUAUUACCAACAGCGAAAUACAAGGAAUUGAAGAAAAUCUACAUUGAAAUUGAUAGCUACGAAGAUUUCGAAAAUGAUUGGGUUUUCGGCUGUACAGCACAUAGAACUGAGGCCAGUGGAUUGUACUGUCAGAAGGGAACUUCGCUUUCACAUUUUGUUCAAACCAUACCCUCUCAUGAUAACUAUCGAUACAUGGUACUACUCGAUAUCCACCGCAUGCUAAAGUACUAUCCAGAUUGGACACAUAUCCUCGUUCGGCUAAAACCCACCAACAAGCCGACUUCACUAAAAAUCGAUGCUUAUAGUGUAGAAGAUCGGAAAUACAAAAUAAAAGCUCCCAAGUUUUCCCUACCAAAGCUAAAAACACUCGUUAAUGAAACAGUCAUGGGAACAAUACACACCGGAGUUCUUAUUGAAGGAUUGGACGAGCCAUUUCCCACUGUACAAUUUGAUAUUGAACCUGUAGAAUGUGGAGAUGAUGAGUUUGGAGUAACUGCAAAAAUAUGCAUUCCUUGGGCUCGUGGCUUCAAUAGGCAUAUUCAUCUAACACAUGAUACAAAAGUAAAAACAAUAUAUGUGAAUGUGCCAUUUUCUACGCCAAGUGGUUAUAACACAACUCAAAAUCCAGUAACUUUAGAUUUAUUUUUAAAUCCAAGUUGCCGUUACAAAAUAAGUUACCAAUUUUCUAUUGCUGGAACUUUCUCCAAGAUUGUACAGGAGUUCUAUCAUUGGUUGCCGGCGCAUUUAACUGCAGUACUAUUUUUAGUUCUUCGGAAUCAAAUCGUGUCAUUUCAAAACUCCGAAGAUGCAUUGUUUGUGAAGCCCUAUGCCGGGUUUUUUCAGAGUAAAUCGCUUUACAUUGUAACAGGGUGCCGACUUUUAAAGAAACUCUUACUAAAUUUGAAAUUUCUUCCAAUAUCUCCUGAUACUUCGAACUACAGUUUCUAUGUUUCUAUAAUUAUACACGGAACUGCAAUUGUGCUAUCCAUCGUUUCAGUUUUUUCUAUAUGGACGAUCUUGACAUUUCAUGGUAACAUUCUUCACAAAAUUGCACUUAAAUUGACAAGACUAUCAACGGCUUCGUCGGAAAUUUUAAUGAAAGUUGUUACCACUUUACCCUUAUCCUUUGGAGUACUGUUUAUAUCGAUAUCAGUAGGCACAUGUAGUGGAAUUGGAUUAACACUGGCAACAAUAUUUUACUUUUUAGUGAUUUCUAAUGCGUACAAAGAUUACCUGGAGAAUUGGGCAUGGGAUAAAGCAAAGGGGAUAUUUAAAAGAAUUCGUCAAAAAAUUAGAUCAACCUCAAAAAAUAAAGGGACAGUUGCCCUGUCACAAAGGGAAAUAAUUGCUGUUGAUGGAAACCCUGGACAAGAAUUGAUUCCAAAUAACGAGAAUGGGGACACCAAUGAACUUGACGACUCCAAUGAAGUGGCCAAUGAGGAGAAAUGUUCUUAUUUUGAAGGAUUAGAAAAUUUUGCCUUUCACAUUACAAUGCUUAUGUUACUCGGCAUAAUGUCCGCACUUAAUUUCGGUCUUAGUGUAGCAUGGAUAAAAGCUAAGUACCAAGGUCACAUACACGAACAUCUUCCGGAUCCAUUUAUUAUACCCACAAUAAUAACUCUAACAUGCCUCAGCGUGCUGUUACAAUUGGGAGCUCCUCGCAAAUCAUCUGGAUACCAUUAUGUAGCGAUUAUACUAUACUUAUGUGUUUGCGGGUGUAUUUUGUUUUGCCAGGAGAUAGUUUAUCGUUUGAGUUAUUUGAUAACCUUCGUCUAUGUAUGCGUAGCACUGCAAGAGGUUUGUUAUAACUUUUACACACUUAUAUUGGACCGCCGCCGUUAGUAUUACUUUUUGCCAAUCUUAGUUGUUGUUAUUAUAUUAUGCAUAAAUAAUAAAAAUGUUUGUUAUAAUUUU